AAAAGUUUGAGCAACCCGAUUUCAAAUAUGAAAAAGCCCCUAAUUACUUGGAAUUAGGCUCGAAUGCUUGGGAUAUCACCGAAGCCGAAAUCAUAGAAAUCGAAGAACAUUACGAAGGCCAAGAAAAUACGGGAGGAGAUACAGAUUACACGGCUACGAUUGAUAUUCCUAUGGGUUCCUAUACUCAACAAAUAAUCGGUUAUAAUAGUUCGGGCAGUUUAGACACGGGACAAAAAGGAGACAAGUUAACUAUCAAACUAAACGGCACUAAUUUAUCAGUGAGAGUUCACGGGAAAUUUACUCGUCGAGAAUAUAAGGAAAUCAAAACCCAUACUAAUGAAAUCGACCCCGUAGAAUUAGAAACCCGAGAAGAAGAAACCGAGCAGCCCAUCGAGGAGGAAAUUGAUAUAGAUAACUUGGAAAUGGAGGAACCUGAGGGAGAAAUCGGAGACCUGACAGGAGAAUUGGAAGAAGAUAAUGAUGAGUGCGAUUUUGGUUUUUUAAUAGGUAAAGAUAACCAGGAACCAGAGACUUUAAAUGCUUAUGCUCCUGCUCCUUCUUUUAUUGAUUAUGGUGGGAGCCGUGAAGAAAAUGAAAGAAUUUACGAAAUGAUGCCGACUGUCCAUGACGAGGGAGGAUUUCGUUUUUUUCACACUGCCGAUGAUAUUUUAAGUGAUGAACCUCCGCAUAUUCAUGGGGAAGAAAGUUCGUUUUUGAUAAAAUAUCAUGCUCAUCCGAAAAUAAUUAACUGUUGGGGAAAUAAAGAAAAGUUAACAGCCGAAUUAGAUGACGGCCGAGAAUUAAAUAUUAAAGACGAACAACUAAAAAGAUACGAAAUUCUUUUCGAAGGAAAAAUGGUUUAUUUCCCCGAUAUUGAUGAAUAUUUUCAAGUCCAAACUUUUACUGACGGCCUGCUGGCUAAAU